AUCACAGAAACAGCAAAUGGGAAUUCAUCUUUUUUAAACCCUGAAAACCCUAGCGCCCAAACCAAACUUCCCGUUUUCUUCCAAUGCAGACUUAAAACCCUAAAGCAGAACGAAUCAUGGAAAUUGAUCACCCCGAAGGCGAAACCGCAAGAAAAUCCGACGCCCUACGAAAUCUCUCGUCGAAGGGCGCGUUGCCCACUUCUGUGGCGAAGCUUUCAGGCUCGUCGCGCAUCAUACCGACACAAACGGACUUCCAUUUCUACGAUAACUUUGAGGAAUUCAAGAACCCCGUCUCGGAAAUCGACGACAAGUCCAAGACCCUUCUGAGAAAUAUCGGGGCGUCGGAGAAUUUACUCGGGAAGCCAAUCCUGUUGCCGGAUGACAAAAACGUUGAAUUGGAUGAGGACUUGGCGUUUGAUUGGCUGGUGAAUGUGAACGACGAGAUGUACGAGAGGUUUGAUGUUUCGUUGGAUGACUUCAAGAGGCUGCGGAAGAAGGAAGAGGAGAGUGGUGUGAGAACCAUGAGAGUAGACGACGAAGGUGAGGAAAAUGGGUUUCAGAUGGUUUAUGGGAAGAAAAAUAAGAAACUUUCGGAGAGGAAUGUGGAGGGGGUGGCGAAAGGGGCUCAAGAAGUGAAGGUGGCCGCCAAAGUGAAGCCCAAGGUUCCUUUCCAUAUACCUUCUAUACCGCGGCCGCAGGACGAGUAUAAGAUAAUCGUGAAUAACUCGAAUCAGCCACACGACCAUGUCUGGUUGCAGAGGAGCGAUGAUGGGUCUCGGUUCUUGCAUCCUUUGGAGAAACUCUCUGUUCUUGACUUUGUUGAUACGAGUGAGAGUACGGUUGAACCAGAAAAACCUCUUCCCUUAGAAGUCACACCCUUUAAGCUUGUGGAAGAAGUGAAAGAUUUGAAGCAGUUAGCCAUAAAAUUACGUAGUGUGAAUGAAUUUGCGGUUGAUUUGGAACACAACCAAUACAGGUCUUUUCAAGGUUUAACAUGCUUAAUGCAAAUAUCCACAAGAACUGAGGAUUUUGUUAUAGAUACUCUGAAACUUCGUAUUCACAUUGGUCCAUAUCUCAGAGAGUUAUUCAAAGACCCAACUAAGAGAAAGGUAAUGCAUGGAGCGGAUCGCGAUAUCCAUUGGCUUCAGCGAGACUUUGGCAUUUAUGUCUGCAAUAUGUUUGACACAGGACAGGCGUCCAGGGUAUUGAAAAUGGAAAGAUACAGCCUGGAACACCUGUUGAAUCAUUUUUGUGGAGUUCAAGCAAACAAACAAUACCAGAAUGCAGAUUGGCGGAUCAGACCACUUCCCGUCGAGAUGAUCAAAUAUGCCAGAGAAGAUACACAUUAUUUGUUGUACAUAUAUGAUCUUAUGAGGACAAGGUUACUAAGAUCAUCUGCUGAAUCUGAAAGUUCUGAUCCUCCUCUUAUCGAGGUCUACAAACGGAGUUAUGAAAUUUGCACUCAACUUUAUGAGAAAGAACUUCUGACAGAUACUUCUUACCUUUACAUUUAUGGGUUGCAGGAUGCUGAUCUCACCGCUCAACAGCUAGCAGUUGUUUCUGGACUUUGUGAAUGGAGGGAUAUUGUUGCUCGUGCAGAAGAUGAGAGCACUGGUUAUGUUUUGCCAAAUAGAACUCUUAUCGAACUUGCUAAACAGAUGCCUCUCACGGCAAACCAAUUGCGUCGGGCUUUGAAGGCCAAGCAUCCAUAUAUUGAGCGAAAUCUUGGCUCAGUUGUUAGUAUUAUACGUCACUCUAUCCAAAAUGCUGCUUCAUUCGAGGAGGCUUGUAAAUAUCUUAAGGAAAGGCGUACAGAAUUGUCGCAUGAAGCCAGAACUUUGGUCCCAGAAGAAUCCGAAGUUUUGCCUUCUGAAGCACCUGAAAUAUCAAAAGUUGACGAGGAAAUCGAAUGUGUACGAAAUAGCAGUUUACCUAGUGUUCCUGCAGUUGAGAGUUCUAAGGUUAAAAUUGCUGAUAACAGACCAGAGAUUUCCCAUUCCUCUCCUAGGAAGAAAGUGAAUGAAACAUCUCCUGCACGUGGGGACUCCAAAUAUGCACAUACUACCACGAAUCCAUCGCAUUCAGCUGAAGCAACGGUUGAGAUGCAAAAGAAGCCAUCCCGUGCCUUUGGGGCAUUGUUUGGAAAUUCAGCCAAAAGGAAGUUCAAUCCUGAUAAAAGAGAGAAAGAAGACUCCAAACUAGAGCAGAUAAAAUCAACAGUGAGUCUCCCUUUCCACGCAUUUUCAGGCGGAGAUGAAAGAUUGCAUUUGGAAGUUGAGUCUGCGAAGAUUCCAGAAGUUGUACAUGAAGAAGACCCUCCAGCUCCUGCAGCUGAUUCAACUUUAGUAGAUAUUAUUGUUUUGGAUGAUUCAGACAUUGAGGAUUCCGAAGAGGGUAACUUGGACGCGGCCAGAGACGAUCAGUCGAGACAAGUCGAAAACAAUGAAGCCGGAUCCACCUUGGAAGGAGAUGAACCCAUAUCACUAUCUGAUCUCUCCUCCAGCUUCCAGAAAUGCUUUCCAUCACUAGGUCAAGCUAUGGGUUCAAAAGGGGUGGACAAAUCUCGACCAUCGGAAGGCACCUUAGAUGUGAUACCUUUUGACUAUGAAGCUGCUCGAAAAGAGGUCAUAUUUGGAGGCCAGAAGAAGGUGGAAUCCACGGUGGAAGGCGACAGCAGUUCAAAGAGAAAAGAAAGGAGAAAAGGUUCUACUGCUGUAGGCAAGGACGACGAGCCAGCAGAACACCCACAGGGUAGACGGCGUCAGGCUUUUCCAGCAUCCGGAAAUCGCACAGCAAGUUAUCGCUGAGUUUCCGAGCAUCACUCAAAUUAUCUACCCUCUUUCGUGCUAACCUCGAUGUAGAAAGGUAGUUGAGAGAAAAAGAAAAAAAGAAUAUAAAUAGAUAUCCAAUUUUUUCUGUAGUAAGUCAUAAUCGUAAGCAUUAUGGGAAACUUGCUGGAUAUUCUUGUAGCUUAUGAUAGACUAAUAGUUAUUGCCUUUCUCUGAUAAACUGCCUUGUGCUCGUGAUGGGUAUUUUAAAUUUGAAAUAACCUUUACUGGUUUCGAUC